AGACAAGGUUUGCCAAGCAAGAUGAAGCCCAACAUCAUCUUCGUACUUUCCCUGCUCCUCAUCUUGGAGAAGCAAGCAGCUGUGAUGGGACAAAAAGGUGGAUCAAAAGACCAAUUACCAAGUGGAUCUUCCCAAUUCCCACAUGGACAAAAGGGCCAGCACUAUUCUGGACAAAAAGGCAAGCAACAAACUGAAUCCAAAGGCAGUUUUUCUAUUCAACACACAUAUCAUGUAGAUGCCAAUGAUCAUGACCAGACGCGAAAAAGUCAGCAAUAUGAUUUGAAUGCCCAACAUAAAAUGACAAAAUCAGAACGACAUCUAGGUGGAAGUCAACAACUGCUCCAUAAUAAACAAGAAGGCAGAGACCAUGCUAAAUCAAAAGAUCAUUUUCACAUGGUAGUUAUACACCAUAAAGGAGGCAAAGCUCAUCGUGGGACACAAAAUCCUUCUCAAGAUCGGGGGAAUAGCCCAACUGGAAAGGGAAUAUCCAGUCAAUAUUCAAACACAGAAGAAAGGCUAUGGGUUCAUGGACUAAGUAAAGAACAAACUUCCGUCUCUGGUGCACAAAAAGGUAGAACACAAGGUGGAUCCCAAAGCAGUUAUGUUCUCCAAACUGAAGAGCUAGUAGCUAACAAACGACAAGGUGAGACUCAAAAUUAUCAUCAAAAUAAAGGGCAUUACCAAAAUGUGGUUGAAGUGAGAGAGGAACAUUCAAGUAAAGUACAAACCUCACUCUGUCCUGCGCCCCAAGACAAACUCCAACAUGGAUCCAAAGACAUUUUUUCUACCCAAGAUGAGCUCCCAGUAUAUAACAAGAAUCAACACCAGACAAAAAAUCUCAAUCAAGAUCAAGAGCAUGGCCGAAAGGCAAAUAAAAUAUCAUACCAGUCUUCACGUACAGAAGAAAGACAACUCCACUAUGGAGAGAAUGGUGUGCAGAAAGAUGUAUCCCAAAGCAGUAUUUAUAGCCAAACUGAAGAGAAAGCACAUGGCAAGUCUCAAAAACAGAUAAUAAUUCCCAGUCAAGAGCAAGAGCAUAGCCAAAGGGCAAAUAAAAUAUCAUACCAAUCUUCAAGUACAGAAGAAAGACGACUCCACUCUGGAGAAAAUGGCGUGCAGAAAGGUGUAUCCCAAAGCAGUAUUUAUAGCCAAACUGAAAAGCUAGUAGCAGGCAAGUCUCAAAUCCAGGCACCAAAUCCUAAGCAAGAGCCAUGGCAUGGUGAAAAUGCAAAAGGAGGGUCUGGCCAAUCUACAAAUAGAGAACAAGACCUACUCAGUCAUGAACAAAAAAGCAGACACCAACAUGGAUCUCAUGGGGUAUUGGAUAUUGUAAUUAUAGAGCAGGAAGAUGAUGGUGAUCGUCAUUUGGUACAACGUCUUAACAAUGACCGAAACCCAUUAUCUACAUAAACCUACCUUUCAGUAACCAUGUGAAAGGAUGGGCCAAUAUCAAGGUGUCACUUGACCUCAGUGAAUUCUGUGAUGUUUCUGAGAUGCAGACUGCCAUGUAGUUUCAGACCCUUGAUCCAUGGAUGACACCACCUGCCCAUGCUUCCUUGAAUUAGGCUUUCUUAACCUGAAGCCCCUUCAAACUUCCAAUAAAGAGAUCAUUUUCUGCUUCA